AUGCUGAGAGGUCACAUAGUCCUCCAGCUGCCACCACUACUGCUGCUGCUACCCAUCAUCGUUCUGUCCUCGCCCGGCGACGCCGCGGCGGACGUGGGCGGCGUGUGCGCACUGACGCAGCACCAGUCCGUCUGCAAGCGCUCCAUGGCGCCGUUCUCGGGGACGGAGAGGCAGAGCCCUCACUGGUGGGCGCGUGUGGCCGUGUCGGUCACCAUUGCCGAGACGAGGAAGGUGGCGCUCUACCUGGCCCGGCUGAAGAGGAGCGGCCGGCUGGGGAGCGGCGCCGUGGGGGCACUCUCCGACUGCGUGGAGUGCUUCGACGAGGCCCUGAGACUGCUCGGCGGCGCGCUUGGGGAGCUGCGGCGGCUCCGGCGGAGGAGCUUCGGGUGGCAGACGAGCAAGGUGCAGACGUGGGUCAGCGCGGCGCUCACCGACGAGCAGACCUGCCUGGACGGCUUCAUUGGAGUCGCCGCCGCCCCGCCGGCUGCGCUGCUGCGGGGUAGGGUCAGGAAGGUCACGUACUUGGCGAGCAACGCCCUGGCCUUUGUAAACAACCUGGCGUCCUCCGGUGGGGGGAAGUAG